AACACCUUUAAAUUAAAUACACAUCGUCUCAAAUAUUAUUCAUAGAAAGAGAGAACCCAAGCUUUCAAAAUGUAUUUCUGAUAAAUCGACAGACAGAAAAAUAGCACCCGGCUCCCGCUCAAGUGAUGAAAUCCACACGAUUUAUAAAAAAAAGUAAUUAGUGUACAUUAUGGAUAAAAUGUCGAAUUGAUUUAUUUUUUCAAUACACAUAAAAAAAAACUGAUGAUUGACAUUUUUAACAGAUAAGCAAGAUUUUUUUGUACUGUCGUCCAAUAAAUUGUUGACAGCAACAGACAAACCUAGUCCGUACCAGCUGUUAGAAAGUGUUUCGCGUUGUGUAUUUAUUUAAUAUAAUAUAUUUUUUCUGAAACAUGAUAACGUCAGAAGCUUUACUUUUUUACACAUUUAGCCUAGUAAACAAAUGAUUGUUUAUUUAUAAAUAUUCUGCAACACAUGAGGUUAUUAGAAAUAUCUACAGUAUCGUAUAUUAAAACUCACGUAGUCAGUUAUGCCAUCGUAUAAGAAUUAUUUUGCAAUUCGACACACUGACAUUUUACUUUAACAGUUAGUUAUGAUCUCAUGGCCAUAAGAGUAAAUACUGAAUCAAAAUGUAUGGGUCAGUGAUCAGGACGUGUUUAAGGUUAGAUUAGAGAAUCAGUGGCAAUGGGUGUUGUGGAUAUCGGUGGCGAUGAAGCAAGGCGGGAGGCGCUGGUGGUGGUGGCGCUGUGCAUGGCGUGGUACGCCACCAGCUCGGCCAGCAACGUGGUGGGCAAACUGGUUUUGACGGAUUUUCCGUAUCCCAUGACAGUGACAAUGGUGCAGCUCCUGGCGAUCGUGAUAUUUAGUGCGCCAGCAUUCUCAAUAUUCCGCGUCCGCCGACAGACAGAGUUUCCGCGACGAUACUACUGGCGCACGCUUGUACCUCUUGCCUUCGCUAAGUUCCUGACUACAAUUUGUUCUCAAGUUUCCAUUUGGAAAGUCCCCAUCUCAUAUGCACACACAGUGAAGGCGACGACCCCGCUGUGGACGGCGGGCCUAGCCUGGCUGCUGUUCGGCGAGCGGCAGCCGCGCGGCGUGCAGCUGGCGCUGGUGGUGAUCGCCCUGGGCGUGGGCGUGGCGUCGGCCACGGAGCUGCAGUUCGACGCGCUGGGGCUGGGCGCGGCGCUGGCGGCGGCCGCGCUGCUGAGCCUGCAGCAUCUGUACUCCAAGCGCGUCAUGCGCGACACGGGCGUGCACCACCUGCGCCUGCUGCAGACGCUGGGCCGCCUGGCGCUGCUGCUGCUGGCGCCCGCGUGGCUGUGGCACGACGGCGGCGCGCUGCUGGCGGGCGCGGCGCCGGGCGCGGGCUGGGCUCGCGGCGGCGCGCUGCUGGCGGCGGACGGCGCGCUGGCGUGGCUGCAGGCCGUGGCGGCCUUCAGCGUGCUGUCGCGCGUGUCGCCGCUGGCCUACGCCGUGGCGUCGGCGGCCAAGCGCGCGGCCGUGGUGGGCGCGUCGCUGCUGCUGCUGCGCAACCCGGCGCCGCCGCUCAACCUGGCGGGCAUGGCGCUGGCGGCGCUGGGCGUGUUGGCCUACAACCGCGCCAAGCUGCAGGCGCGCGAGCGCCCGCCGCGCCUGCUGCCCGUCUGACCCGACCGACGUCGCCGACCCGGCCGCACUCUAAGCCCGCCGAACCCACACAGUCCGCUAACGUUUUUCAAUCUGUUUAUACGAAAUCUCACUGUCGGCGUCAUUUUAAUUCAUUGAAAACAUAAAAAUUUACACAAUGAGCGGAUAUUAAGUACGACUUAACAAAUGUGGUUUGUUUUGUACACUAUAAAAAUAGUUAGCAGGUAUCAAUUAAUAGUAAAACAGCACAAGCCGAGUGCCGUAUCUGGUGGGAGCCUAGUUGGGAACGAACCUAUCCUGUUUAAUAUGUUAAAGCUCAGAACAUAUGAUGCAUGUUGAGCCACAAUACACGUGUCUCUCUUGUCAUGGGUAUCUUAUUUAGUAGAAUACUAAUACUUACACUGGAAGCCCUCUUCGACUCUCUUGUAUGGAUAAUACAACUGAUCUAGAUUGGUGCAUAUGGAACCUGCAAAAACCUAUAGUAUAAAUAAAUUAGCAGUAUUGUUGCAAAGUUCGGCCUAGCCGGUUUAUUUUAAUAGUUAAUUUUUUUGAAAUUCCUACAUAAAAAUGAAUAAAUAUUUUGUUUUGAAU